UUGUACUGCCACUCCUCCAAAUUGGAGGAGGGGGAUGCCGUUUCCCUUUCAUCACCAACGGUCCACCAAUCUUCGCAAAGCUUCAAAUGCCAUGGAAGCCAUCAAGAAGUUCCAUGCCCACCUCAUUGUAACAGGACUAUGUAGAUACUCUUCUCCCAUGACCAAAGUCCUCACCUCCUAUGCUCUCUCCUCAAAUAACCUAACCCAUGCUCAUCUAGUCUUCGAGCAGAUAGAAGAACCAAGUACUUAUAUUUGGAACACGAUGAUCAGAGGAUUAGCCCAAAGUGAUACGCCCAAAGAUGCCAUCUUUUUCUACAACCGAAUGCGAGAACGAGGUUUGGCGCAAGAUAAUCUGACCUUCCCUUUUGUACUGAAGGCCUGCGCGAGAGUUCUGGCAAUUAGAGAUGGCAAAAGGAUACACUCACAUGGCCUGAAACUUGGUUUGGUAUCGGAUGUCUUCAUAUCGAAUGCCUUGAUUCAUUUUUAUGCCUCGUGUGCUGAUUUGAGCUGUGCAAGAUUGAUUUUUGAUGAAAUGCCUGUGAGAGAUUUGGUGUCCUGGAACUCGCUGAUGUGUGGGUAUAGCCAAAACAACCAAUUGAGGGAGGUGCUGAGACUUUUCGAAGCAAUGCAGGAAGAGGGAGUGACGGGUGAUAAGGUGACGAUGGUCAAGGUUGUUUCAGCUUGCACUCAUAUGGGGCAGUGGGAGCUGGCGGAAUCAAUGGUGAAGUAUGUAGAGGAGAAUUGUGUGGAGGUUGAUGUUUACUUGGGCAAUACUCUGAUAGAUUACUAUGGCAGGCGUGGAUUGGUGGAAUCAGCUCGAGGGGUAUUCAGUAAGAUGAAAGAGAGGAACAUUGUGACGUUAAACGCCAUGAUUACAAUGUAUGCAAAAGCAGGGGAUUUAGUUUCUGCAAGGAGGAUCUUUGAUAGUUUGCCUGAGAGGGACUUGAUCUCCUGGAGUUCAAUGAUCACUGGGUAUUCUCAAGCAAACCAUUUCUCUGAAGCAUUGGUGCUUUUUCGGCAAAUGCAGAAGGCAAAGGUAAAGCCGGAUGAGAUCGUGAUAGUCAGUGUGCUCUCUGCUUGUGCACAUUUGGGUGCGCUUGGUCUAGGGAAGUGGAUUCAUAAUUAUGUUCGAAGAAACAACAUUAAGGCAGAUAUUUAUGUGGGGAAUUCUUUGAUCGACAUGUAUUCAAAGUGUGGUUGUGUGAUGGAGGCAUUCAAAGUGUUUGGUGCAAUGAACGAUAAGGAUACUCUGUCAUGGAAUUCAAUUAUAUUAGGGUUAGCAAAUAAUGGCCAUGCAGAAUGUGCAUUGGAAGUUUUCGCUAAUAUGUUGAAGGAAGGGUUUCAGACCAAUGAUGUUACUUUCCUUGGUGUCCUGAUUGCUUGUGCUCAUAGUGGAUUGGUUGAUAAGGGGUUGGACUAUUUCGAGAGUAUGAAAGAAGUUUAUGGGGUGGAGCCUCAGAUGAAGCACUAUGGAUGUGUGGUGGAUCUCCUUUGUCGUUCAGGUGAACUAGAGAAGGCUCACAGAUUUAUCACAGAAAUGCCAAUGGGACCAGAUCCUAUUAUUUGGCGGACAUUGUUGGGAGCUUGCAAGGUAUAUGGCAAUGUGACUUUAGCUGAGAUUGCCACCAAGAAGCUUCUAGAGUUGGAUCCUAGUAACAGUGGAAACUAUGUUCUGUUAUCGAACACUUAUGCAAUUGCAAAUAGGUGGGAUGAUGCCAUGAAAGUGAGGGAGAUGAUGGCAGAUACUGAUGUGCAGAAGAUACCUGGUUGUAGCUCGAUCGAAGUUAGUAACUUGGAAGGUGAGUACAAAACUGCUAAAGUUCCAAUUCUGACAAAGAAUCAAGUUGCUGUUGCCUGAUAUACUUGGGUUCCAUGAUACUGAUUUAUAGGCAACCAAAUAAUGGACAUUUGCAUGUGCUUCAGAGUCCGAGGAACAGGGUCCCAUUCCAGAAAGCCUAAUUAUCUCCUGAAUGGUAGCCUAUCAACUAGAUAUAUAAAGCAAAUGUAUAAAAUUAAAUAAGGCUUCAUUUUUUGAGAACCAUAAAGAAGGUUAUGUUUAAAACCUAGAAAUCACAUAUGUUAGUUAUACUGGUUAAAAGCAAGGCAGAGAAAAUGGAGGAGGAAAUCUCGUUGACAGGUUAACUGAACAUUUGUGCAUAGUGAAUCCAGACAAACAUAUGUGACAGGAACUACAUCAGGGUUUAAGAGGACACAUAGCUCCUCGCAAAUCAGAAACAAUCGAGGGCAAAUCAACCUCGGUGAUUUGGUGAAUGUAAAUUUGAUAUGGUCCAUGCUUUUCUUUGCCAAGCAUCAUGUGGCAAAAUUCCAGAGUGGCCAAAGGACUUAUGGACCAUGCUGACAUUUACUCUUGAUCAUCAUUGUCAUCAUGUUUUUAUGAAAAGAAGAAUCUCCUGAUCCUUGAAAGAAUCUGGGCAUUGUCUCAUUCUUCAGAAGACAAAGUAGCAGAAACUGCAAAGCCAAGUGAACUUCUGGUUCUGGCUGUGACAGCAGGUACAUUAUUGGUCAAGAAGACCAAAAAGGAUCUACACUGUAACUUGCAAAACCGAACAAUACAAAGAAAUGGUCAGAGUUUUUUUCGCUUUCCCAUUUAUAAUUAUAGAAUUUUAGCUUUUUCUGCAA